CAACCCUUCAUGUUGCCCAAUCCAUGACUGAUAUAAAAUGACACUCGCGCUGGGAGGAAAGUAGUUUCUGUGUGCCUCAUCUACUCUAGAACAGAAACUACAGCGCUAUACGGUCAAAAGAUGCGUCUGAUCCUGCUGUCCAGUCUUCUUCUUUUGGGACUAUCUCUGGCCAACGGACAUGACACGGAUCCGGAAGGAAAAUUACUGAAUUCCUUGGUUAAAGCUGUGGAAAGAUUUGACGAAAAGCUAAACAAAUGGACAAACGCCUUCUUGACAGUCCACAGAGCUCGAUCCUUUGGAAGUGGCAGUGAAAGAUUAUACGUGACUAACAAGCAAGUCGGGAACUUCGAAGAUCUCGGAAACAUAUGUGUCCAAGCCGGUGGCCGUAUUCCGUCCCCUCAACUCCCAAAUGAGAAUAAGGCCUUCGCAAGUGUUUUGGAGAGGCACAACAAAGAAGCCUACCUUGUCGUCCACAACUCCGCAACGUUCACCAACUGGGCUGCGGGAGAACCGAAUAACGAAGAUGGAAACAAACCCUGCGUGAAAGCAGACGCCCAGGGAGCCUGGCGCUCUGUGUCCUGUGAUGAAGAGCUCUUGGUGGUGUGUGAAUUUUCUUUCAUUUGAGAAGGAAGAGUAGCCUCCUGUGCAGAAGAGGGGAGCUACCUAAAAUAGAACCAGCCAAAAGCAACCCUACCAAGACACCAAAACGUAGAGCGCCUACAAACGAUUCCACCUGCGUUGAAUCGCGUUCAAAAAUGUUCAAUAAAUGCAUGAAACAAAAGUCA